CUAAGCGGAGCAGCACUCCAGUCGCCGAGCAGCACUCUGGUCGCGCGAGCCCUCUCCUGCAAAAAGCACCUGAACAAUGUCUUCUUCGGAGCCAACAAGCAAUGAACAGCCCAAUGAACCGACGCCUGAAGUUGGGGUUGAAAAUGUUGAGUCCGUGGUACGUUUUUCAACAGACAGUGGUGUGCUUACCAAACCCCCGCCCCAUCUUAAAUCAAAGAAGAGGAAGGUUGAUUCAACUAAUGUGGGUGCAACUCCAGGAGCAACUCCUACAAAUCCAGCUCCAAGCAAUGUAGAAACUGAUGAAGAGGAUGGCAAGGAUGAUCCCAAUGAAGGUUACCCAUGUAACAUUCGUGCCGUUGCUGGGGACCUGGGAGAUCAACGCACGAUAGUGGAUGACCUAAACGAGGAUGAAAACACUGCAUCCGAAUCUGAGCAAGAAAACCAAGACACUGGUAACAAUGACAGAGCUAUAGUCACUCUGCAAGGAGUGGCUAACCAGCACAAAAAAGGCCCCUCAGGGGGUGAAAGAUCCAACGGGGAUCCCCUCUGA